GUUCAGAUGUUCUUCCUGUUGAGCUUCAAUUGAGCUAAUAUUUCUGUGCUUAGCCAAUUUUUGGCUCAUGUCCUAAAGCCUAUGGCUUAGAGAAGCUUAUUCGGCAUAUCAAGAAAAUUUCUGGUAGGUAAACAGGUAGGAGAGGAGAGCUCUGCAGUCAUGUCCGGUCCUAGCGAGGAGAGGAGCAGCUCUGCAUCCAGGUGCUUCGGACAGCGUUCCUACACUGCUGAGGAGUACCAGGCGGUGCACAAUGCUCUGCAGCAGAAACUGGGACCGGAGUACAUCAGUACCAGAGUGGCAGGAGGAGGGCAGAGGGUGUGCUAUAUUGAGGGGCACCGUGUGAUCAGUCUGGCUAAUGAGAUGUUUGGAUACAACGGAUGGUCUCACUCCAUCUCUCAGCAGAAUGUCGACUUUGUCGACCUCAUUAAUGGGAAAUUCUACGUUGGAGUCAGUGCAUUUGUCAAAGUCCAGCUAAAGGAUGGGGCAUUUCAUGAAGAUGUAGGGUACGGAGUCAGUGAAGGACUGAAGUCUAAAGCUCUCUCACUGGAAAAAGCAAGAAAAGAAGCAGUCACAGAUGGCAUGAAGAGAGCAUUAAAAUGCUUUGGAAAUGCCCUCGGAAACUGCAUCCUGAAUAAGGAGUACCUCAUAGCCAUUAACAAGAUAACUAAACAGCCUCCUCCCCCUCUGGACCUGGCCCAAACUAAGCGUUGUGAGGGUGAGCCAUCGGUGGAUAGUGCCCGUUUUUCCAGUCUGGUCCAGGAGGACAAGCUUGCAUCUGCAGCAGGCUCAGGAAGGGCACCACUGGAGCCCAGAGUCCUGAACCAGAACCAGAGUUGUUCAGCUGUUUUUACUCUGAACAUGGUGGGCGCUGCUGCAGACAAGGACAGCGAGAACGCUGGCUCCAGACCUGUCACAGACCCAGUGGACAUUGUCGGGUCUGCAGCUCACUCUGACCCUAAACAGCUGAGGAAGCUUAGACAGCAGCAGCUUCAGCAGAAGUUCAGGAAAGAGAUGGAGGCCAAGAGGAUGCAGCAGAAACAGGAUCAAACAAAGUCUGAGGACACAGAGGUCACUGUUGGAUCAGGAUCGAGUGGAGGUUCAGGUCAGGAGGGAGCCCCGGUGUUCAGUGACAGCAGCUCUGCAGAACACAAGAAGCCCAGCAGCAGAGACGAGUGUCUUGCAGAUGACCCUGAGCUCUGGGACUUCACUCUAGACGGGAUUGAGGAGCUGAAUGUCCCCCCAGGUGACUCACUAUACAGGCCUCACAGGCCCAGCACGCCUGGGAAUCACCAGAUGCAGACUCGCAGUAAAACUCCACAGAGGGUGCCAGGCAGACCUCAAGACCCAGCCCCCUCAUUCAACGUGGGACAGAGCGUGGCUCAGUCCAGACCUCAUUAUCACAACCAGUAUCAAGCAGGAUCAGGUCAAAUGACAAGUCCUUACAGACCAGGCCAGCACAUGAAGAAACGCAGGUUGGACACCUGAAAGUGAACGAUGCUGAUCCGUAUGUUUCUCUGUGUAUGUGUAUCUGCAAAUUAUUUUUAUGGUUUAUAUUUAUGUCAAUGUUUAAGUUCAGUUUUAGUUUAAGUGGAAUGAUUUAUUUUUUAUCUCUGAUAUUUACAGAAGUGUUACUUGGUUUCGUAAAAAAU